AUGACAAACUUUCUUCGUUUUUGGCUCUCUUUCAGCCUUUUGGUCACCCUUUCGCUUCAGCAAAGCGCGCCCUUGGUAUUCCGCGAUUUCGAAUCACCUAAAAUAGCUGGAAAGCAACUCCUAGUGAGAGGUGCACGAUAUCACAAUGAGUCGCACCAUGUUCAUCUGGAACCUCAAAGGAAAGAUUCUUUCCAUUGGACUGGUAAGUUUAUUUGUUCAGCGACCAAGAUUAAAAUAAUUCAGGGGGUCUCUCAACUUCUAACCUCUACAACAGCUUCCCAAAACGGACAGCCCGCUUUCGCCGAAUUUGCUGUAGAAACCGAUGAUGACACAAGCGUUGUGUCUAUGGAAAGAUUCAAAUCUUUGCUGAAGUCAGUUCAUUGUACCAAUACUAGUAUGGCUGUCAACUUCAAAAACCAGAAGUCAUUCGAAUACACCAAGCGUGCAUGGAACUGGGUCAAUGACAUUGAACGAAACACCCUUAUUGUGGUCGCCGGAACUGGUCAGUGUGGAUGGAAUACACAUAGAGUACCCUUUGCCGUGUCAAAAAUUGAGUUUGACGACCACACCAAAACUGCAAAUUUGCAGGCUCGACGAUCAGAAUGGAAGGAUGUUUUCCAUUCCUUUGAGCUUUCAGUGGGCAGAGUGGCUAAAGAAGAAGUGCACGAUGCAUGUGUCGCGCCGCAGCACACAAAAAGAAAAGAGCACCAGAGAACCAUGACCAUGAGUUUUGAUCAUCCGUGGAAUCUUCCUCAAAAGGACUUUUCUACUCCUGAAGACGCCUUCUCUUUAACUUUGUCGUGCGAUCAGUGUGGCACCAAAGGAAGCUUCGAACUUGGUUUCUACCUUAGGAACGAAAACCAUAUACCCAAGGCCGCAACAUUCACGCUUACACCUCACGGCGUGUCUGCAAGAAUAGGGCCCAAAUUGACAUUAAGUGGAGACUUGACCGAAGAAUACUCUCAGCAGUUCGACCUUGCGAAAAUACCAAUAUACGGGUAUUCGAUCCCUGGUGUCUUAGAUCUGGGGCCGGAAAUUGUCUUUAGCUUUGGUAUCAGCGUGGGUCCGGUCGCUGGUUCUGCGUCUGUUUCCUCGGGGAUAGACAUCAGCCUUCUGGACUCUGCAGAGCUCAAAAUUGACCUUCUCUCACCUCAUGUAGUGCACUCAGGGUGGACCCCCCAAGUUCGUACUGAACCGGUGAAGGUAGAUGCUCAGAUUGAAGCCGGCAUCAAUAUCCAUGCCAAAGCUGCGAUCCAAUUAGCCGCUGAGGCUCUUGGUAUGUAUAGCUGA